UGAGAGAGGGAUCUUCCUGGAUAACGUCCUACAGGCAACUCGACGGUAUUUAAUAAUUUAGCAUCAAGCAAGUGGAUCACCAUGAAACUCAGCGUAGCUUUGUUCUUCGCCGGAGUGUUUGGCGCUCUCGGUGUUCUACUCUUUCUUCUGGCUUUUGGCACGGAUUACUGGCUUCUAGCCACCGAAAGAUGUCCCUCAGUCCAAAAUAGAAUGGAUUCAGUCACUGCAGAGAAGGGAGAUAUCAUUGUUUCACCUCAUAAAGUUGGUGGCACUUUCCACCAUGAAGGAUUUUUCUGGAGAUGCUGGUUUAAUGAAGCAGUGAUCGAUAAUGUCUGGAAAUUCUGGUUCACUAACAAGCCUCCUUCAAAAUACUGUACGCACGCUUACCUUCUCCCAUUCCCUUUGACAACAGAAGCACAUAAUUCCACAGUUUAUGAGACUGCAAUCAUUUACCGUGGUUUCUGGUCUGUAUUCAUGAUGUUGGGUGUCAUUGCUGCCAUAGUAGGAGGCUUCAUCAUCAUCUGUGCUGCUCCAUUUUCCAAUUAUAAUCUCUACAAAGCAGGUGGCGGACUAUUUCUAUCCGCUGGUAUUUUAUUCACAAUACUGGUCAUUAUGUACGUUAUCUGGAUUGAAACUGUCAUUGAUAUUCAAGAAUACAUUCAGAAACAGAGAACGCAGCUCUGUUUUGAUUUUGACCUCAGCAUUCAGUAUGGAUGGUCUUUCAUACUUGCACCCCAUUGGAUAUUCUUCUCCUUACUGGCAGGCUUACUGUUCCUUCUUGCUGGCCACACCAUUCAAAUUCAAUAUGAUUAA